AUCAGCUGAGAGGAGUGAGCAGAGCCCCCUCAGUCACAACAGCAGCGGCGAGGAGAGGAGAGAGAGAGAGAGAGGAAGGGAUCGAGAGUGUCAGCUGAGAGGCGACCACCACCACCACCUGCUCCCCGCACCUCUUUGUUUUGGGUCAUCCUCUCUCUCAUCAGGAUGGAGGAGGCGGAGCUGGGGUGCUGCGUGUGUCAGGAGCGAUACGAUGAGACCCGUAACCCCAGGAACCUAGGGUGUGGUCACUCGGUGUGCACCCCGUGUGUGCAGGAGAUCAUCAACAGGAACCGUAAAUGUCCAGAGUGCCGCCGACCCUUCUACGCCGCCACGGCCUCCUCCCUCCCCGUCAACUAUCCGCUUCUCAGGCUCUCUAGAACCCUGGCGGCCAUCAAUCUUCAGCGUGAACAAGCAGUGGCUUCCCCUACCACGAGCGGCACAUGCAUCUUGGGGCAAUCUGAUGCCGGGGAGUGCGCCGCCCACUUGUCUCGCAUGGUGCUGCGGUGUAUUACAUGUAAAGUGUGGGUGUGUCAGGAGUGUCUGGUGAUGGAUCACGUCGUCCCCCCAGACGGCACCUGUCACAUCCUGCCCGUCGACCAGGCCCUGGAGGAGAUGAAGAAGACUCACAUGGAGAACAUAUCCACCAUGUUCCUUACCCUUCAAGAACUUAAGAAUGAGGUGGCCAAUCAAAUUUCACAGCUAGAGAACAACAAAAGGGUUCAUGACGACACAGUCGCCAGUCUUCGGCCAAUUGUACAAGGUGAGCUUGACGUUGUACAGGACCUGGAAGCCAAGAAGAAAGAAGCGAUGGACAAAAUAUCAGAAGUUGACUGCUGGGUGGAAUCACUGAGAGAGACUGAGGGAUGUAUCGUGGACGCUGCAACAGUGAGGGAGUUGGCCAACGCCAAGCUGGCGGCGCGGGACUGUCUGGCCAACGUGGAAGCUCGUGUUCAGCAGGAGAGGGAACGACAGGCAACUUUCCGCAAGACCAUGCCGAGGUUCGGCCCCCAGAACCUGAAAGGAGUGUUGCAGAUGGCCAAGACGAUGUACGUGGUGCACGAGGGUGGUGACGUCGAGCGGCGGUGGGCGAGAGUGAGUGUCCACGACUGUCUCCUCCACCUUCACGUCCUCCACCACACCCCACCUCCCUCACCAGCACUCAUCUUCUCCUACUCAAGUUUGCGGACGCUGGUGCCACACGAGUCGCCAUCGGCCUUCCUGGACUUGGGAUGGGAGGGCCACACCCACGGGCGCGUAUACCUCCGCAUGCUAGGAGACACCACUCGUGGCCACCAGUUCCUGCUCCUGUGCUCGGGGGAGAAGGGUCCUUCCUACUCCAAGACGCGGUUCUUCCAUGCUGACAGGAUAGGGGAGAAAGGCGAGAUCAUACGAGGAGGCGACUACGAGAAUAAUGACGGCACAGGUGGCGCUGGACUCGUAGAGGGAGUGACCAAUGGCGGAGUGUACCAUACGGAGGCUGUACCGGGGCUGUUGGUGGGGGCCCACGCUAACCAGAUAGGGAGACUAGGGGUGUUUGGCAUCAUUCUCAGUGCCUGGCCACUCAACAAGACCGACACGGGCUUCGGUGUUGUCACUAGCGGCCUGGGUACUCUCAGGUCAGCUGCCAGACACACACCCAUCACCGACGUCACGGUCGAAAACUGCGGUCUUGUAAUUCCAAUCUAGCCGUCGGUGUCUAUUAACACGGACUAAUAAUGUCACUGUGAUGAACACACGGCCAGGACGGAAGAACAAGGCUGCUGUAUUCAGUGAGACGAUUAGAAAAACUGAAUUGUGAUCUCUGUUCAAAACUGUUGGCACAAGACUGAGUUGUGGGUAUUUUACCUGGACUAAUAAUGAGACUCAACCCGCUACACUACCGAAACUGGGUAAGGAGGGAUUAGGCUAAUCAGUUCACUCCCGUUAAUCUUUGCCUUAUAGAGAGCUUUUUUAUAUUGUUAAUUUAUAAUGAAAAAAGUCGAUCUCCAUAAAAUAAUCACAUUUAAUGACUCGCAAAUAAAUGUCAGAAUUUGCCAAGUGUAGAAGGAAUUUUGGAUAGAAUUUAACUGUACAGAGAAAUAUCGAGUCCCCUUUGUUAUUAUUCUAAUAAUUUUUCUUGCAUUUAUGACAAGUAUUUUAGUUCUUAUUUAUCUACUUAUAACCUAUCAUCUUACUUUGUUAUUGGUUUCAUUAUUAUUAUCUAUUAUCAAAUUAUUAUUCAUAUUUUUAUUACCAAUAUUACUGUAUUGUUAUUUACUUUGUACAGGCUAAUGCGUAAUAGAAGACAGACUAACUGACAAACAGGUUAGGAAACUGACAGGUGGCGAAGAGAGUAUGUUAAUAAUUAGGUUGGCGCCAACUGAAAAACACACCUGCUGAGUGGUAUUAAUGAUACUACAGUAAAGACGUACGUACACAACACAGUAUUAUCCCAUCGAGAUAUUAAGACAUUCAUCGCUAUUUUAUUUUGUAUUUUCUAGAUAUUCAAAAGUACAAUACCGCUGGGUACUGUAAUGCGCAGAUAUCAAAAUACAAGUGUAUUAAUCAUUACUUCUGUUACUGACCUUCACUAAUACACCAUUUUGCUCACUAGUUAAGUCAAAUAAAAUAUUAUAACUAA